GGGUCUUGCUUAAACCAUUCACUUCUGGAUGAGUAUGACAGCAAGUUUUGAAAAUCCUUCUCACGGGGAGGCUUUGUUUCAUGCUCCCGCAUACGUGCAUGAAGAAGCAUAUGUCUAGCUAUCUAUAGCUUCAUAGAGAGACCAAUAAUUAGUCUAGAGGAAUUGUUUUUCUUCCUUCCUCUCCUGCGGCUGCAGCAGAAAGCGAAGGGGUGUGGAGCUGCGUGUGUGAAUGUGUGUGAUACGUGCCUAGCUGCACUAUGCUCCAUGGCCGCCCCACCUGCCACAAGCCCUGGGCUGCCCCGCCCUCCUUUGCGCUGUACACUGAAACACGUGCUAGGAGAGCUCGCCCAGGACUGCUGGAGAAAGCAUCAGACGGAGCCAAUCACCGUGCAAGAAGGCGGGUUGAACUGCAUGUGCUCCUGUUUGUGUACGUGCAGGAGCUGGUUCCCGGCACAGUGGGAGGGGAGUUCAGCACGGAGGUUCCCUUUUAGAGCUUGCACGGUGUCAGACCGUGCUACAUGCACUAGGCAGAAUCGGGGACGGGCGUGCUGGGCUUCUCUAUUCGCCCCACCGCAGCAGCCGUCCCAGAACAUUGGGAGUAAGUAGUCCUCAGCCGAAAAGAGACAAUGUGGAUGAUGCUGGAUUGCAGCUCAGAGUCUGACGGCUUGAGCCUCCUGCUUGAGGCGGGGACUGGGGUGAAUGCACCCGCAGAUGCGUUUGGUCAGUCCCCAGCUCACUUGGCUGCUUGUGGAGGACAAGCUUUUUUCCUACUCUGGCAACUGCAAACAGGCGCUAAUCUGAACCAACAGGAUUGCCAUGGAGAAGCUCCUAUUCAUAAGGCAGCUAAAGUUGGGAGCUUGGAGUGUCUUGCUCUACUCGUUGCCAGUGAUGCCAGAAUAGAUUUGUGCAAUAAUGAUGGCCAAACAGCAGAAGAUCUUGCAUGGGCUUUUGGAUUUCUGGAAUGUGCCAAGUUCCUCACAACUGUUAAACAUACUCAAAAUAUGAAGCUAAGAGAACAAUCUAGCUGCUCACUUAAGGACAAUUGUGGUUUGCCAAGAGAGGCUUCAUCUGGACAGAAACGAGCAUGUGGAAUUAUGGGACCCUCAAACAGAAAGAGGAGGAGAUCAGAUGAUAUCACGUCUUAGACUUCAAGUGGGAAAAUCUGUAACCCUGUAAAGAAUCUGCAAGAAGACUCUGAAAUCUGCAAAAACAACAUUAUUGGUCUAUGAACUAAGCAGCCCAAUAUUUGAUGUCUGCUGUUUCCUUCUG